AUGGUGCGUGCGGGGGCGUGGGUGGCAGGCGCGGGCGGUGCCCUCUUCGCCGCCCUCUACCUCAUCGCCGCCAUCCUGCAGCAACCGCUUGGCGACCAUCGCAUCGAGCAGACGACGAAGGAUACGAUUCCGCUACACUACACAGACCAAUCCCCCGUCCGCCCUCAACAGUUCUCCACCCUCACGAAGGAGGACAUAUUUUCGCAAUGCCGCUUAACCAUUCACGACCCCUAUUCCGCUGCUAUAAACCGGACGAUAGAGUGGCGGGAUCCGUUGACUGGAUGCCAAAGGGGAUAUGAGCCCGCCACCCAGCUGGUCGACGGCAAGAUAUCCAUCGCGCCUAGGUGGACCGACAAAAUUGGGCACUGCAGGGCUAGGUGUCACGAGUACGCAAGCGUACGUAAGUACAUCCCGGGGCCCUGGAUAGAGCUGGGUCCGAACGAUCGCGCCCCAAUGGAGUGCGACUUUGUCUAUGCGGAAUGUUUAGGGCUUGGUGGCCAUAUCGUUGAUCAGUACAUUCACUCGCAAAUUGUGGAAACGGAGAAACGCACCUAUUCCUCAUCCGACUUUGAACUUCCGCGCGAAGACUUUGGCCCGCUGCCAAAUGUCCAUAUUUUCCUGAUCGACUCUGUAUCGUCAACUCAGGCUAGAAGAUUCCUCCCAAAAACCCUCGAUUUUCUGGAGCACCAGAUGGGCGGCGUCCAUUUCCACCACCUGAACAAGGUGGGGGACAACAGCCGUCCCAACGGCUAUGCACUGUUUCUGGGCAAGCGGGUGUACGAGAUGGAGCGCGAGGCGCUAGGUGGGGAAGAUUUGAAGCCGGAGAUGUCGUACAAGCAGCAUUGCCACGAGUACCGAGACGAGGACGCCGUCAUCUUCAAGCUGUACGAGAAAAUGGGCUAUAAAACGCUCUACAACGAGGAGUAUCUAACGGGCGAUAUGUGGAGUUGGCCAGCGACUUGCCGAGGAUUUGAAAAGCAGCCGACAACGCAUUGCUAUCGGCCGAUUCCAGCCACGCUGCUCGCUAACGAGAAGCUGCGAAGAGGGCUACCCCGGAAAUGCAUCGAAGAGCACCACCUGCAAUACAAGUACCAUCAGCAGUUCCUCGAGGCGUAUCAGGGCCGCCCAAAAUUCGGGAUCACGUGGACCGGCGGGCUGGCGCACAAUGACCCGAAUCAACUCUGGCACACGGACACGUUUUUGGAGGAUUUUUUCCGGCGCAACGAAAAGCUGCUCGCCGACGCGUUCGUCUUUUUCAUGGGCGACCACGGGCCGCGGAUCGGGCAGGCGAAAACAACAUUCAAAAGC